UCUCUCUCUUUCCUUCCUUCUCUCUUCGUGUUGUCUGUCAGUCUGUCUGACUUGGAGAGUUUUUUCUCAACAGACAAAUUACUUCACGACGAAGAAGAGAAGAAGGAAAAUCAAACUGAACGCAAAACCCUAACGGAAGAAGAUCGAACCUAUCGAUUUCCAUGGAGUCGCUGUCUCGACCACCGCACAGAAGAAAGCACUCCUCCUCUUCAUUCUCCCGCAGAAACCCCUACGCCGACUUUGUGCUCUCCGGAGGCGAUAAAGCAAAGUGUCAGCCUGUCGAGUACGCCGAGAUUUUCUCAGGUUCUUCUUCCAUUCCGGUUCUCGAUCUUUCCGGUUUGAGCAAACCGGACGGUUGCCGGAGCUCCGAGCUCGAUUACUCCAACAUUUUCGGUGCUAAGGCUGGUGACGUGGCCUUGACUCAUGAGCAGCUGUUCAAUAAGAAAACCAAAACGCGGAUUGCGGCAGAUUCAGAUUCUCCGUUUCCAGGAAAGGCCAAAAGCUCAUUAGGUGGUAAUGGUCUUCAGCAGCAAUUUAACUUGUCAUUUAACAAGACCAGUCAAAGAAGUAGCAAUGAAUCGAAUGGGAAAACACAUAUAGCACCGCUUCAAGCUGUUCCUGGUUUUACUCACUUUGUUGAUGAUGGAACUCCUCAACCGCAGAAGAAAGAGGGUGAUACCCCUGUUCUUGUAGUGAAACGUGAAGUUAGCCGGACCUGGAGUUUCAGUACUGGCCCUGAUGCAACUAAGGUUAAAGGUGGAUUAAGUUCUGAAAAGUCACGCGCACCGGAUAAGUCAUGUUUACCAAAUUUUGCUUCUAAAGAUUCUUCUGUAGAGAUUGGUGGUGAAAAUUCACCGCCUCUCUCUGAUGAGGAGUUGGAUGAAAAUUCAGAUGCUGCCAAAUCCAUUGCUGCUUUGAAGAAAGCCAUAGAGCAGGCUCAGGAAAGUAUGAGACUUGCUAAAACAAUUAUGCAAAAGAAAAGAGAAGGUACUAAAGAUGGUUCAAGGGCCAGGAGGUCUAAGGGUCGGUCAAAGGUUGAGGUCCUUGAGGAUGAGAAGGAAACUCGGACUGAGCAUGCGUCUGGUGGUUCGAAGGAGAACAAUUUGAAAGGGAAAAAUCACCGAUUAGAUCCUACAGUCCAUGUGCUCAGCAAGGUUGGUGGAAGAUCUGAUCCAGUCCUUAGUCAUAGUGACAGUCUUCUAAAUGCUCGGAAGGCUAAUGUGGAAUCAGUCGUGGAGAUUUUUAAACCAACUAAUGAGCAUGCAUCUGGUCUUUCGAAGGAGAACAAUUUGGAAGGGAAAAAUCAGCGAUUAGGUCCUACAUUCCAUGUGCUUGCUGAGGUUGAUGGAAAAUCUGAUCCAAUCCUGAGUCGUAGUGACAAUCUUCUAAAUGCUAGGAAGGCUAAUGUAGAAUCAGUCAUGGAGAUUUUCGAACCAGCCAAUGAUCAUGGAGAUGCAUUUGUUGAGGUAGAUAAGAAUUCUACUCCAACUUGCAGUCAGAGUGGGUCAAUUAACACCAAGAGAAAGGAUGAAAUGAACAAUAUCAGGCAAAAUGUUGGGGUAUCUGAACUACAUGGACAGACAACUGAUAUUCCCGGAUUAGCAGAAACUUCAGUUCUGGAAUCUGGGAAGGUAGACUGCAAUGCUAGCUCAACAAUGCAUCAAGCAGAAAGGCCUGAAGUUUUUUCUAAAAGGAUAGAAAGUGCGGAGAGCACUUCUAAGAGUCUGCAAGAGCUGGAGCAGAGGCCUAAUGAGGAUGCUGUGGAUCAGUGUCAGGCAACUGUUAGUCCUGUAAAUGAACCUGCAGAACUUCUGGAACAGUUGGAAAGAGUCUUAAGUGUUUCUGGAAGCACACAAGAGCAGGAGAAGAUUAUGCAUGGAAAUGGACAUUUGAGGAUCAGCCAAGAAAACAAGCCACCCGAGGAUACUGGCUGCAUUGUUGAUAAGAAAAUGUAUGAGAAGAAAUUUGUGGAGCAUGAAGAAUCGUAUUUGGCUGAACAUUUGACAAUGCGCAGAUCUAAUUUCAAUACUUUCCGUAAUGAUUUACUAAUUCUGGCUGAGGAAAAGAUGGUCGAUCAAGCACACAUCGAUAAGCAGCCUGAAAAUUACUCUGAGUGGAAAGAAGAUGGCCAAGAUUCACAAUUCAGUGAUGAAGAAGAAAAUGCAAUGGUGCAGAACGAGGAGAUUAUAUGGUAUGAGAGUGAACUGCAGCUGGAGGAAUCUGUGGAGGAAAAUGGAAGUGAGAGGGAGCCUGGAAUCGUUCCAGUAGUUGCAGAAGCUGCGGCUAAGGUGGACAUGGUUUUCAAGUCAGAAAUUGAUGACGAGAAACUGAAAUUUGAACUUGAUGAAGUUAGUCAAACCGUGCCUGGAAUAAAUGGGGAGAAUGAGGUAGCAAUGAGAUGUAUGGAUGCAUCAGAACUUGAGGCAAUUGAGACCAUACAGAUAGGAACAAAUGGUGAUGAUAAGGUUCAGAAUGGUAGAACUCCUUUAGAUGUUGAGGAAUUAAAUCAUACUGAUGGAGCAGCAGAUAGAAGGAAUAAUCUUCCAGACAUUGGUCAGGAAUUAAAUGAUUCUGCUUCUCAAAAGGAUAAUAGUGAAGCCUUUGCUAUCCAUUCAAAUGAUCGUGGCACCAUUUUCAGCAAUAGUCAUGGUGUUAAUACUUCAACCUUCUUCAGUAGGACUUCAGAACCUUGUAGUGCUGACAACGAAGCAGAACAAUAUGGAGCAGUUCUUAGAGGCUGUGAAGAGAACUAUAGCUUGCCUCUAGAAACUGAAGAGGAAAAUGAGGCAGAUAAACAGUUUGAGGUGGAGGUAAAUAUAAUGGCUGGAACAGAUAGCUUGUGUGGAUGUUCCUCUGCAGAGAAGUUUACGGAUGUCCAAGUGAACAAUACUUAUGACGGGUUCUCUUCCGAUAGCAAGUCUACCUGUUUCGUUUUAACUAAUGUGGAUCAAGAGAAAACACUGCCAAACAAUGAGGAUAUGUUCAAGACAGCUACUGAGAUUCAUAAUGCUGCGAACACCAAUAUGCAAAAUUUUUCUGAGCGACAUAUUUCUACUGAUAACCAGUUGGAAAGAAUUGAUACCACAAAUGUAAUGCCAGAUAUGCGGCAAAACUCAGAGAACAGUGAGGAAUCUCAAUCAACCUCAAAAGUUGAAAGUGUAGAUGAGGUAUCAGCUGAUGAGUCUCCAGCUUGUAGAGAUAAUGCAAAAGACAUAUCCUCAAACAAGGAAGAAGGAAAAGUUGAUCUUGAUAUGAAGUCUGAUGAAAGAGUAAAUGCUGCAAAACAAAGUGGAUGUCUGAACUUCAAAGACCAAACUCACCUCUCUCAAACAAAUUCUGAACCUAAAGAGAUGGACAAAUCUCCAGAAGCUGAAAGGGAUAUAAAAACAGGUCAACACGUGGAAGAAAAUAUCCAGAAUCUUGGCAGAACCUCAAUCUCAGAAAAUAAAGAUGCCAAAGGAAAUGAGCAGGAUUGUGAGAUGGAUUCUUGGCAAAGGAUUGAAGCCAUUAGGAGAGGAAGAGAACGGGAAAAAGAUAGAAUUGCUGCUGAGAGAGAACGGGAAAAGGAUAGAAUAGCUGUUGAAAGAGCGAUUCGAGAAGCACGUGAGAGAGCUUUUGCUGAAGCUCGAGAAAGGGCAGAAAGAGCUGCAGUAGAGAGAACAGCAGCUGAAGCUCAUCGGAGAGUUAAUAGGGAGGUACGGGAAAAGACUGUGAAGGCAUCCUUAGGGACUAGGCCAUCAGUUGAUAAGGCAUCCACUGAAGCCAAGAUCAGAGUGGAACGUGCUGCUGUAGAAAGAGCAACAGCAGAGGCACGUGAACGUGCUCUAGAGAAAGCAAUGUCUCAAAAAAAUUCCAUGGGCUCUAGAGGACAGACUGCAAAAUAUAAUGCAGAAAGGUCUUCAAGUUCUUCCAGCAAUAAUGGAUUGAAGCAUAGUUUCUCAUUCUCUGAUUUGGAGAAAUCUGAUGGAACCAUCACUGAAUCAGCAAAGAGAUGUAAAGCAAGUUUAGAGAGACACCAGAGGAUAAUGGAGCGAGCGGCAAAGGCCCUUGCUGAGAAGAAUACGUAUGAUCUUCUUGCCCAGAAAGAGCAGGAUGAGAGAAGUAGAUUAGCUAAAUCUCUUGAUGCUGAUAUAAAGAGAUGGGCCACAGGAAAAGAGGGGAAUUUGCGUGCACUACUCUCGACUCUACAAUAUAUUCUUGGACCUGAUAGUGCCUGGCAUCCUGUCUCACUGACAGACAUUGUUACUGCUGCUGCUGUAAAGAAAACAUACAGGAAAGCAACUCUUUGCGUACAUCCUGACAAAUUGCAGCAACGAGGAGCUAGCAUUCAACAAAAAUACAUAUGUGAAAAGAUUUUUGAUCUUCUGAAGGUCGCAUGGAACAGGUUCAAUUCAGAGGAAAAUUAACCAGAAAAGGAGCGAUUAUUAUUUUAAAAGGUGCACCUUUACAUUUGAUUUAAUUGAUUUCAUUAUUUUUUUCUUAGAAAUAGGUUGGUGGCAAUUACCUCAUCUUUUGAUAGCUUGAUGUAAGUGAAUGACCUUAGACUGCUGAUGAGCACGAUUGCACGAAUGUAUGUAUAUUUGAUAGUGAUAUCGUCAGGUUUUACAUAUAAAAAAAAGAGCUAAAUAAUUUACAUAA